UUCCAGCUAAAAACCCAAUUUAUUUUUCUCGAAAACUUUAAAAAAGAAGAAAGAAAAAAACAGAAAAGAAAAGAAAAAAAAACACAAGAGAAGAAGAUAUGUUUUCCUCUUCGACGUUCAGCUUUUCGAAUAUGCCCACCACGCCGACCUCGGCCAUUAUUACGGAACCUAAUUCCAGUCCCACAAAACCCUCGUCUCGCGCUACCAAUUCCAACAAUCAAACACCUGAACUCGAACCACAGGUUCGGAAACCCAAGGCCAGUUCUCAACUGAACCGGUGGUCCAGGGCUCGUGCCAUUCGGUCCGGCCACAAAUUAGACCGUCCAGGUCGCCGGACCCAAAGUAUGGAGACGAAAUCUCCGGAUCACCCGGCAGAGACAGCGUUUCCUCUUUCUACUCCGGCGGUGGAAGGCGACGGCAACCGUGACGGAAACGAUGAAGUGGAGGCGAUGGGGAAGUCGAUAUACAUGGUAUCUGACGGCACGGGGUGGACAGCGGAGCACUGCGUUAACGCGGCGUUAGGGCAGUUCGAUUACUGCUUGGUCGAUCGUGGUUGUCCUGUAAAUACCCAUUUGUUCUCGGGGAUUGAUGAUGUGGAGCGGUUAAUGGAGAUUGUAAAGCAAGCAGCUAGAGAAGGUGCAAUGUUGGUUUAUACUCUAGCUGAUUUUUCCAUGGCUGAAUCUGCGAGGCAUGCAUGCAAGCUAUGGGGUGUACCAUCCACUGAUAUACUAGGCCCAAUUACGGAGGCAAUUGCUUCCCAUCUGGGCGUCUCGCCUUCUGGCCUUCCUCGUGGUGCUCCAGGCAGGAAUAUCCCUCUUUCUGAGGAAUACUUUCAACGAAUUGAAGCUAUUGAAUUUACCAUCAAACAAGAUGAUGGGGCCUCACCUCAAAACUUGCACAAGGCUGACAUUGUUCUCGCUGGUGUCUCUCGUACUGGGAAAACACCUCUAUCAAUUUAUCUGGCACAGAAAGGAUACAAAGUGGCAAAUGUGCCGAUUGUGAUGAGUAUAGAGUUGCCGAAGACUCUCUUUGAGAUAGACCCAGAGAAGGUUUUUGGUUUGACUAUAAAUCCAGUUAUAUUGCAAACAAUCAGAAGAUCUAGAGCGAAGAGCAUGGGCUUCAGUGAAGAAGUAAAGGAUAACUAUUCGGACAUGGACUAUGUGAGAAGGGAGUUGGAAUAUGCUGGCAGGAUUUUUGCACAAAAUCCAACUUGGCCGGUUAUUGAAGUGACUGGGAAAGCGAUUGAAGAAACAGCAGCAGUUGUUCUGAGGCUGUACCAGGACCGGAAGAACAAAUGCUCAAUGCCAAGAAUCUCAAAGCGCUACUAAAGAUGGUAAGUUCUUGUCCUCUGGCAUGCUUGUAAGAUGCUGAAGCUGAACAAAGGAGACCUGUUCUCUAGUUGAACCGAGGUUGUAGCAUAUGAGAAGGAUAGUUCAGACAAGGGGCAUGUGUCAUACUUAUUACUGCUCCCUCAGGUGAAAUCUGGCUAAAAAUUAUGGCUUUAAAAUGUUAUGUUAAUAAACCAUAUUGCUUUUAGCCAACCUGCUUUUUGUUAAUGGAGUAUAGCCAUCCAGACUGAACUGAAAGCUUUCCUAUGUGUGUAUAAAUAAAUUAUAACUUUUUUCUGGUAAAAGAUAAA